UCUGCAAAUCUAUUCACAAAAUAUACGGAUGUGGACACAUCAAAAAAAUGAACGUUUGCCUACAUUUUUUAUGAAUCAACGAAGAGGCAGCUGUGUUUAUUAUGCAAAACAGGCUGGUCACUAUAUGUACAACUUUAUCUUGUUUUGCAUUUUGCGAAAAGAAUUACAAUCGCUAGGACUAAGAAACCUUAUGUUUUCUUGGUUUUAAAACAUUACUGUGUCGCCCUGUCUUUAUCUUUGCCUAGUGAAAAUUGCCCAAAAACUCGAGAAGAAAAAUUUUUCGUAGUCGGAGUUGGUUUGGUGGCACUUGGAAUAAACAAAAAAUCGUUUAUCGUUGGAACACCUAAAAUAUUUAUAUAGUAUUUUAGAAAAAAAUACAACAGUAUCCUAGAGGUUUAAUAGGUUUGCUGGUAGAAUCAAGUAUAGCGGAAAUUAUAAUAUGGGGUGAUCAACAUGACAACUCGGUUUUCGCUUAAUAACUCGCUCUUUAUAAUUAGGUGUUAAUUAUUUUCCUUUUUCCAGCCUUUUGCCAAAGAUUUCAAACUUGGUAAAUAAUGGAGGAUGACUUCUUUAACGUACUCGAGGCUAAAAGAGAGUUAAGACAGGGUAUAGUGGGAUGUCAGAAACGUGGUUUAGUGUACAGCGUCAAAUGGUUAGCUGAAAUGUGCCACGGCUUUGCGGACGUGGAUACUGACGGCGAGGAUGAAAAAGAUAAUUUCGAUAUUAAAAUGCUGGAAGGCAUAGCACCAAAAGAAUAUGAUAAUUAUUUUCUGGCUAAAAGUUACUUUGAUGUACGUGAAUAUAAUAGAGCAAAAGCGACCAAGUCAAGGAAAAAGAAUCGGAAACAAUCAGGAAAUCAAUAACA